AUGCUCGCGCGCGCCGCCCGCAGCAAUGGCGGCGCGUCCCUGUCCGUGUUACGCGUCGCGCGGCCGUGGGACCGGCCGCGAGUGAUGGCCGGCGGAGGGCCACGUUCGUCUUGCGCCUCGACCUCCCGACUCUCGACCACCACCGCGAGGCUGUUUAAGCAGCUGGUCCGCCGCCGAUUCUGCCCCUCGACACCAGCCGCCGCCUCCUCUCCCGCUCGCGCCGCCUAUCCCGUCCUUUCCGCUACCCUCGCCUCGUCGCCGCCGCCGCCGCCGCCAACAGCCCUCAGUUGCCCGCGCUGCUACUCCUCGCUCGUCACCACCGCCGCCGCCGCCGCCGCCAGCCCCUCCAGCGUGCGCCGCCUCCGGAGGCUGAAUCCCGCCAUGAGCGCGACCCAGACCCGCGAGCACAUGGGCCACAGCCACGGCCAUGGCCACGGCCACCACCACCACGGCACCGAUCCUGCCUUGCUGCUGAGCAGCGACAAGAACGAUGCUGCCGUGCGCAUCACACGACUCGGCCUGCUGCUCAACGUAGUGCUUGCUGUGGGCAAGGGCUUCGCCGGCUACUACUGGAACAGCAAGAUGCUCAUCGGCGACGCCUUCCACUCGCUUUCGGACAUGGUCUCGGACCUGAUGACGCUACUGACGGUCAAAUGGGCGCUGCAGCCGCCGUCGGAGCGCUACCCGACGGGCUUCGGCAAGAUUGAGUGCCUGGGGAGCUUGGGCGUGUCGUCGAUCCUGCUGCUGGGCGGCUUGGGCAUCGGCUGGAGCGCCGUGCUCUCCCUCAGCCAGCAGUUCGCGCCCGAGCUGGCCGAAGCCCUGGCCCACUUCGAUUUCCUCGGCCUCGGCCACGAUCAUGGCCACGAUCACGGCGAUCACGGGCACGGACACAGCCACAGCGCCGUCGACAUGGCGGCGGCCGUGCCGCAUCUGAACGCUGCGUGGCUGCUCUUUGCCUCGGCGGGUUUGAAGGAGUGGUUGGUUUAUGCGACACGCAAGGUCGCCCGCGAAAGGAAGUCGAGCGUGCUCUUCUCCAACGCGAUGCACCACCGCAUCGACUCCUUCACGGCCAUCCUGACGGCCUGCAUCAUCAUGGCGUCCAACUUCGCGACCAACGCCGCCUGGCUCGACCCCGUCGGCUCGCUCAUCAUCACGGGCAUGGUCGUCAAGGCCGGGUACGAGAACCUCUUCCAGGCCCUCAGCGAGCUCAUCGACGUCUCCAUCGACGACGACAUCAAGUCGUCGGUCCGCCGCGCGACGUCCAAGGCCCUCGCCGACGCCGGCAUGGCCUCGUCGGCCUCGUCGGCCAACGACGUCGACAUCCGCAGCGUCGGCGGCCUCAAGUCCGGCCCCAACUACCUGCUCGAGCUCGAGCUCGCGGUGCCGGCCGCCUGGAGCGUCGAGCGCCUCGCCGGCGUCGAGGACCUCGUCCGCGCCCGCGUCGGCGCAAAGGUGCGCGGCGCCAAGCGCGUCAAGAUCCGCUUCGUCGCCGCCGACAAGGAGCGCGACGGCCCCGACUUCUUGGACGAGUUCAUCCCGAGUGAUGUCAGCGCGAGGAGUAGCCCUGGUGGCGACGAGCAUGGCCACGACCAUGACCAUGACCAUGACCAUGAGCACAUUCACGAGCAUAAGCAUGAGAGCAAGUCGAAUGGUGGCGUUACGAAGAGGAGGUGA